AUGUCCAACCACCACCCGCACUACCGCCCACCCUCCCCCACAUACUCGACGGCCUCAUCCUCCGACCUAGACCUCGACCUCGCCGAGCUCCACGACGGCGCCGCAAGCCGCUCAAUCCUCUCGUCUGAGCGCGAGCGCGAGCGGGAUCGGGAGCGUGACACAAACACACGGGAGAGCGGCGACAGCGCGCGCAUUGCACUGCGGAGUCUAAGGAUGGGACUGGGGCGACGGGGCGUGCGGCGGGAGGAGCUGGACGAAGACGAGGAGGCGCUGCUGGGCGGAGAGCACGAUGACGAGGACGGAAAUAAUAGUGGGAGGGAGAGGGAUCGGGAAUCGUUGCAUGGCGGCAGCGGCGGCGGGGGGAAGAGGAAGCUGCUUAGGAGGUUGAGUAGUCGGUUGAGCCUGCGGCCGGGGAGAAUUGGAGGGUCGGGAGCGGCGGGGGCGGCGGGGGCGGCGGCGGGGGAUGAUGCGGAGCCGGAGGUGGAUCUGGCGUUUAAGCCGAGUAAGGAGACGAGGGUGGUGGGGUUGGGGUCGUCGGGGGUGGCGGGGGUGGGAGGCCUGAAGGCGCUCAGUAAGCGGAAAGGAAAAGAGGCGGUGUAUCCGCCGAAUAUCAUCUCGAACCAUAAGUUCACACCCAUCACGUUCCUCCCGCUUACACUGUACCAUGAGUUUAGCUUCUUUUUCAACCUCUACUUCUUACUGGUGGCACUUAGUCAGUGCAUUCCUGCGCUACGGAUAGGCUACCUCAGCAGUUAUAUCGUCCCGCUGGUGUUUGUGCUCGCAAUCACGCUAGGGAAGGAGGCACACGAUGACAUUGCACGCCGGCGGCGGGACAAGGAGGCCAACAGCGAGCUCUACGAAGUCCUUUCAUUCGCCCCCGGAACGAAGCGGAAGAACGUGGGCCACCUAGACGACACCCUCACGCUCAUGAGGAAAUCACGGGACCUCAAGGUUGGCGACAUACUGAUCCUGAAGAAAGACCAGCGGGUACCCGCAGACGUGGUGAUCCUCAAGACGAUAUCCAACGAAGCAAACAGCACAGACGAGGAGGCGGCCUCGGGAGAGGCAUUCAUCCGUACCGACCAGCUGGACGGAGAGACGGACUGGAAGCUGAGGCUUGCGCCGGCGCCGACACAGGCGUUGAGGGCCGGGUGGCUGGCGGGGGUCACGGUCACCGCGAGUGCGCCGAGUAAAGAGGUGAAUAACUUUGUGGGGUCCCUGGCGUACGAGCCACAUUCGAUACCGGAGGAUGAGAAUGCAGAGUCGUCGCUUGCGAGCCCGAGUACGCCGCAGGCGGGAUUCAAGGUCGGGUUGUCGAUUGAUAAUACGGCGUGGGCAAAUACGGUACUGGCAUCUAAUUCGACGACUCUGGCGGCAAUUAUCUAUACGGGUCCUGAAACCCGUGCUGCUCUGUCUACCUCUCGGAGUCGUAGUAAGACUGGUCUGCUCGAGAAGGAGAUCAAUAAUCUGACCAAGAUUCUCUGCGCAAUCACCUUUUCCCUCUCCAUCGCGCUCGUCGUCCUGCAAGCUGCCGAAGGCCACCCAGCGGAAGAAGAAGACGGCGGCGAUAAGCCAAUCCCAUGGUAUCUCCAGAUCCUCCGCUUCUUGGUCCUUUUCUCCACCAUCAUCCCGAUUUCCCUGCGUGUAAAUCUCGACAUGGGUAAGUCCGCAUACGCCUGGUUCAUUGAGCACGACCAAAACAUCGCCGGCUGCGUCGUCCGCACAUCCACCAUCCCCGAGGAGCUCGGAAGAGUCGAGUACCUGCUAAGUGACAAGACGGGCACGCUCACGCAGAACGACAUGGAGCUCAAGAAGAUCCACGUUGGCACAGUAUCAUACGCGGGCGAGGCAAUGGAGGAGGUGGCCGACUACAUCAAGCAAGGGUUCCUCCCCGGCGAAGCCGGUGCGGGAAGUGGCACACAGAACGCCGUUGCGGUGCCGAGCUCGGGGGGCGGGAAUACGACGAGGACACGCAGGGAGAUUGGGACGAGGGUGAGGGAUGUGGUGCUGGCGCUUGCGCUGUGCCAUAAUGUUACGCCGACGACGGCGACGGAGGAGGGCGCGACUGAGGCGACGACGACGUAUCAGGCCUCUUCACCCGAUGAGAUUGCGAUCGUCCGCUGGACUGAGUCUGUUGGGCUGCGUCUUGUUCACCGCGACCGUAAUGGAAUGCGGCUGGUCUCUGUCUCGACCGGUGAAGUCGUUGUCCGUGUCAAGAUCUUGGAGGUCUUCCCGUUCACGAGUGAGGGGAAGCGUAUGGGUAUUGUUGUGCAGUUCAUUGUCAACAGCCACACCACCGACCUUCUCAGCGGACCGGACGAGCCAAGUGGUGAUAUCUGGUUCUAUCAGAAGGGUGCAGAUACGACAAUGUCGCCCAUCGUGCAGUCGAAUGACUGGCUGGAUGAGGAGUGCUCCAACAUGGCACGCGAGGGGCUGCGGACGCUCGUUGUGGGGCGGAAGAAGCUCUCGCACUCGAAGUAUGCCGAGUUCUCAGCCGCGUACAAGGCCGCUAGCUUGCAGCUGCAUAGCAGGGAUACGCAGAUGGCGAGGGUGGUCGAGGAGUACCUGGAGCGGGAUCUGGAGCUGCUGGGUGUUACGGGCGUGGAGGAUAAGCUGCAGAAGGAUGUGAAGAGCUCGUUGGAGCUGCUGAGGAAUGCGGGUAUCAAGAUAUGGAUGUUGACGGGAGAUAAGGUGGAGACGGCGCGGUGUGUGGCGGUUAGUGCGAAGCUGGUGGCGAGGGGACAGUAUGUCCAUACAAUUGCGAAACUAAAACGGAAGGAUCUUGCCUACGAUGCGCUGGAGUUUCUUCGGAACAAGACUGACUCCUGCCUGCUAAUUGACGGAGAGUCAUUGGCGCUAUUCCUAUCCGUAUACCAGACCGAAUUCAUCACCCUCGCCGUUCAACUCCCCGCCGUCAUCGCCUGCCGCUGCACCCCCACGCAGAAAGCCGACAUCGCCCGCCUCAUCCGUACACACACGCAAAAACGCAUCUGCUGCAUCGGCGACGGCGGCAACGACGUCUCCAUGAUCCAAGCCGCCGACGUCGGCGUCGGCAUCGUCGGCAAAGAGGGCCGCCAGGCCUCCCUCGCGGCCGACUUCUCCGUCGAGCAGUUCUGCCACCUGACAAAACUCCUUGUGUGGCACGGGCGCAACUCGUACAAGCGCUCGGCAAAGCUCGCGCAGUUCGUCAUGCACCGCGGCCUCAUCAUCAGUGUCUGCCAGACCAUAUUCAGCAUCGCGAGCCGCUUCGAGCCCAUCGCGCUGUACCAGGGCUGGCUGCUUGUCGGGUAUGCGAGUGUGUAUACGAUGGCGCCCGUGUUCUCGCUGGUGCUCGAUCGGGACGUGGAUGAGCGCCUCGCGGAGCUGUAUCCGGAGCUGUAUAAGGAGCUGACGGAGGGGCGCAGUCUGAGCUACCGUAGCUUUGGCGUGUGGGUGCUGGUGAGCAUCUAUCAGGGUAGUAUCAUACAGGGCCUGUCACAGAUCUUGGUCGGCCUCGGCGAGGAGAACUUUAAGCGUAUGGUGUCGGUCUCUUUCACGGUCCUUAUCCUUAACGAGCUGAUUAUGGUUGCGCUCGAGAUAACGACCUGGCACGCAUACAUGAUCUUCGCCGAGGUCGGCACGGCCGUCCUCUUCUUCGCCAGCAUGCCGCUGUUGAGCGAGUAUUUCGACCUCAGCUACAUCAUAACAAUAGGGUUCGUGUGGAGGGUUGCGGUCAUCAGUGCGAUUAGUCUGAUACCGCCGUGGAUUGCAAAGGCGGUUAGGAGGAAGUUGAAGCCACCGAGUUAUGCGAAGGUGCAGGGUAUUUAG